GAUGAGGUCGGUCCUGCAGUUGAAGUGUUUAAUAACUGAGCAAGCAACAAUGCGCGAUGCAAUUUGAUGGUUCAUGCAGGGCGCCAUGCCAUGCGUUCACGGACUGCAAGCUCGAUCUGCCCCUGUUGCGUGUCGGUCCACGCAUGCGUGUAACCACCGCAAUCGGCCACACUAUAUAGAGCUCAGGGGAGCAGCAGUGCUGGGACACCGGACGGACUCCAUUAUCCACAGCAGCAGCUCAAUCAAUCAGUCCGAGAGGCAGCCUAUUCUUGCCAAUCCCAGAGUCGAGCAAUCUAGCUAGCAUCAUCCAUGGCGCCGGCGUCCUUGUUGUUGACGCGAGUGGCGGCGGCGACGGUGGCCGUGGCGUGCGUGGUGGCGCUCGGCGCCAUGGCGCAGCAGCUGUCGCCGACGUUCUACGACGCGAGCUGCCCCAACCUGCAGAGCAUCGUGCGCUCCGGCAUGGCCGCCGCCGUGCAGCAGGAGCCCCGGAUGGGGGCCUCCAUCCUCCGCCUCUUCUUCCACGACUGCUUCGUCCAGGGGUGCGACGCGUCCGUGCUCCUCGACGACUCGGCGACGCUGACGGGGGAGAAGAACGCGGCGCCCAACGCCAACUCGCUGCGGGGCUUCGAGGUCAUCGACGCCAUCAAGUCCCAGGUGGAGGCCGCCUGCCCCGGCACCGUCUCCUGCGCCGACAUCCUCGCCCUCGCCGCGCGCGACGGCGUCAACCUGCUGAGCGGGCCGACAUGGGCGGUGCAGCUAGGGCGGCGGGACACGCGGACGGCGAGCCAGUCGGCGGCGAACAGCAACCUCCCGUCGCCAUCCUCGAGCGCGGCGGCACUGGUGUCGGCGUUCGCGUCCAAGGGUCUGGACUCGCGGGACCUGGUGGCGCUCUCCGGCGCGCACACGAUCGGGGCGGCGCGGUGCGCGAGCUUCCGGUCGCGGAUCUACAACGACAGCAACAUCAACGCCGGGUUCGCGGCGAAGCGGAAGCAGAUCUGCGGGCCGCAGUCGGGCGGCACCGACGGCAACCUGGCGCCGCUGGACGCCAUGAGCUCCGUCAAGUUCGACAACGGCUACUUCCGGGACCUCGUGUCCCAGUUCGGCCUCCUCCACUCCGACCAGGAGCUCUUCGGCGCCGGCGUCGUCGACUCCGUCACGGCGAGGUACGCGCGCAACGGCGCCGCCUUCUCGUCGGACUUCGUCACCGCCAUCGUCAAGAUGGGUAACAUCAGCCCGCUCACCGGCUCCUCCGGCGAGAUCCGCUACUGUAGGGUUGUGAUGGCGAGGCGGUUGCUGCUCCUGCCGGCGCUGCUGGUCGCCGCCGCGCUCGCGGGCGGCGCGGGCGCGCAGCUCUCGGCGGGGUUCUACUCGUCGACCUGCCCCACCGUGGAAAGCGUCGUGCGCCAGGCCAUGUCGCAGGCCGUCACGAACAACACCCGCACCGGCGCCGCCAUGCUCCGCCUCUUCUUCCACGACUGCUUCGUCAAUGGCUGCGACGCCUCGCUGCUGCUGGACGACACGCCCACGACGCCCGGCGAGAAGGGCGCCGGCGCCAACGCCGGCGCCUCCACCUCCGGCUUCGACCUCAUCGACACCAUCAAGACGCAGGUCGAGGCCGCCUGCCCCGCCACCGUCUCCUGCGCCGACAUCCUCGCCCUCGCCGCCCGCGACGCCGUCAACCUGCUCGGCGGCCCGAGCUGGGCGGUGCCGCUGGGCCGGCGGGACGCGACGUUCCCGAACAGCACGGGCGCCGGGACGGACCUGCCCGGCCCUGACACCGACCUGGACGGCCUGGUGGCCGGGUUCGCCGCCAAGGGCCUGACGUCGCGGGACCUGGCGGCGCUGUCGGGCGCGCACACGGUGGGGAUGGCGCGGUGCGCGAGCUUCCGGACCCGCGUCUACUGCGACGACAACGUGAGCCCGGCGUUCGCGGCGCAGCAGCGCGGGGUGUGCCCGGUCCCGGCCGCGGGCGGCGACGACGCGCUCGCGCCGCUCGACUCGCUCACUCCGGACGAGUUCGACAACGGCUACUACCGGAGCCUGAUGACCGGCGCCGGCCUGCUGCACUCGGACCAGGAGCUCUUCAACAACGGGGCGCUCGACUCGCUGGUCAGGCUCUACGGCACCAACGCCGACGCCUUCUCGUCGGACUUCGCCGCGUCCAUGGUCAGGCUCGGCAACAUCGCCCCGCUCACGGGUGCCGCCGGGGAGAUCAGGCUCAACUGCAGGACAGUCAAUUCGUGACUUCAGUUUCAGAAUCACAAGGGAUGCGAAUCUGUUUGACUCGUUCAUUGAUUCGAUUCCAUGCGACGAAUGAAGCAUGACAGGAAUGAAAAGUAGAAAAAUAGGAUUCGAAUGAUUCCAUUCCAUUGCAUCAUUGAAUUGAUACUGUUCUUUUCCCCGCAACCACAAAGGAGUUGUAGAGUUUUCUCCAUUUCUUCGAAGAUUUGGAAUUUCGAAAGCGACGUAUGUACAUUCUCUUGGAAAUAUCACUUAGGCAUUUUCUUAUUUUAA